UCCCCGAGCGCACACGGCGUAGAGGAGAGUACGGCGCACGAGUCUCUGGAAGGGAGAUAACGGUUUGUGUUUUUGCCCCCUCUCCACUCAAACAACAAGAACAAACCAAACGUGAUUUUUUAGGGGGGUUUACAGAGUCUUCUGCUCACAAGGAGGAGGGAAGCGAGGGAUUGGAGCCGCAGGUUUUUUUUUCUUUUUCGUUUUUUUCUCCUUUUCCUAAAAGAGGAUUCUGUGUUUCGCGGUGGUUUGUUUUUCGCUCUCGCCGCAAAGAUGAUGGUCGGAGAGGUCGAAGUGAAGGAGCGACCGAGGCCGAGUCCCGACUAUUUGAUGCAGUUAUUAAACGAGAAGAAGCUUAUGACCAGUUUGCCAAAUCUCUGCGGCAUCUUCACACACCUGGAGAGGCUUCUCGAUGAAGAGAUCAACAGAGUGCGUAAAGACAUGUACAGUGACACAGUGAAUGGCCUUGUGGACAGACACCCGCUGGAGCUGCCUGAGCCUAUUGGACCCAUCGUCCACCUACAGGAAAAACUGUUUGUGCCUGUCAAAGAGUAUCCUGAUUAUAACUUUGUGGGGAGAAUCCUGGGCCCUCGGGGACUCACAGCCAAACAGUUGGAAGCAGAGACGGGAUGCAAAAUCAUGGUGCGAGGCAAGAGUUCCAUGAGAGACAAGAAGAAGGAGGAGCAGAACAGAGGGAAGCCAAACUGGGAACACCUAAAUGAAGACCUUCAUGUCCUGAUCACAGUGGAAGACACACAGGCCAGGGCUGAGAUCAAGAUGAGGAGAGCAGUGGAGGAGGUCAAGAAGCUCCUCGUACCUGCUGCGGAGGGAGAAGACAAUUUGAAGAAGAUGCAGCUGAUGGAGCUAGCGAUUCUCAAUGGGACAUACAGAGACAACAAUGUCAAAACGCCCACCCUUGCGUUCUCUCUUGCAGCGGCGGCAGCAGCCGCUCAGGGCCCCCGUCUCAUAGCGGCCCCCACGGGUCAGGUGUUGCCUCCCCCGGCACUCCGGCCCCCAACACCAGCUGGGGCCCCCAUCAUGAACCUCAUCCGGCCCACUCAGAUGGCUGCCAUGCUGCCCAAUGGCACCCCCACCCUGGUGCCUCCCACACCGGAUGGCGGGCUUAUCUACACCACCCCUUAUGAGUACCCUUACGCCCUGGCACCCACCUCCCUGCUGGAGUACCCCAUCGAGCACAGUGGGGUUCUAGGUAAGAGAGCCUGGGGAAGCAUGGGUGCAGCAGGUACAGCAGCCAACUUUAGCCAGCCUGGACAGGAGGGCAGCUUGUUUUACCCCGGAGUUGGGGUGCUGGACGCGGCUUCCAUGAGCCACAGUCAGGACUUGUUGAAAGGUGCAAUGGCUACUAAAGUGAGACGGCAUGACACGCGGGUCCAUCCUUACCAAAGGAUUGUGACCGCUGACAGAGCCGCCACCGGCAACUAACACAUGACCUUCUGACCUCUGAACUCUUCACCCAAUGACGAGCCGCCCCAAGCCUGCCUGCUGAUCAGUUAACUGGUAAUUGCCUUUUGCUAGCCUCUCGGACGCAAGUGAGAGAGAGAGAGGCGCCUGCCCGUACAGUUACCCUAACACGUUCUGACAAAAAAAAAAAUAGAAACCAACGCAGAAUCUUCACAGAAACACAACAGAACCCAACAAAGUUGUGUAAUAUUCAUUUUUUCCCUCUGUUCAUUGAGUUCAAUUCCCAUUCUUUCUCUUUCUUUUUCUUCAUGAAUCAUAUACUGGGUGGAUGUGUUUGUGGUAUUACUCAUAAAUCUGCACUGAAUUAAAUAGCAAUAAAGACCCCACCCCACCCUGCCCACCCACUCUCAUUUAACUGCUCUGAUUUGGUGACCUCACUUGUAUGAAUCAAACUUCAGUAUCUAUUUGACGCAAACCAUUUGGUUUCAGAGUACUGACAUAAUCCCCCCUCAAAUGUGCACCCACCCCCCCAAAAAAAAAAAAUACUUAAGAGCCCCUACCUGCUCCCACCCUGUUACACCACCCAUCUAUUGGGAGAGAAAAAGAAAUAGAAGGAAAGAGAACAUACACUCACAUUAACUUGUUUAAUUUCUGUCAUUUUUCACAUGUAGUGCAGUUGUUGAGCUCUUAAGAUGUAAUUAUGAGCUGACACAUUCUGGGUGUGCCCCUCCAAACAGCUUUCUGUCUGUUUUUAAAAAGCAUGGCUGAAAUGAUUGCAAAAUGAGCUUUUUUAUGAUUUAUGUGUUUUUUCUCCUGUCUUUUUUUUUUUUUUUUUUUGCUUUACUUUUGAGUCAUUUUCUCCACUUGAUUUUGGUUUCUCUGUUGUUCAUAUUUGACUAAUUAGCUUUGCUUAAAUUGACUAGCCAAUAUAAGGCAGGUGGUUUUCUCUGGAAAACAAAACGCAAUCUGAUGUUUGAAGCAGGCUACAGAAACUAAGAAAUGAUGAAGGGCAAGAUGGGAACGUCAAAAUUGGGCUGAUGGGUCUGUGUGUGUGUUUUUUUUUUUUUAAUUAAUACUACAAUGAAAGUAGGGUGUGCUGAGGCUUUGGGGACAUUAGAGCAAUGCUUAUUAGCUACUGACCAUUGCUACGCCCCCCCAUCCACACUACAUCCAUUUUACAGUGCCUGAUGUAUUUAGAAAAAUAUCUCAAUGAGUUAGCAGAGCUGUGAUCAAAAAGACAAAAAAAAAAGUAUUAAGUGUGCAUAUUUAGCCAAAGGGUUUUCCAAUGACUUAUAUAUAUCUGCAAUUAUGCAUCUGUCUCACAGAGGGCUCUCUUUGUGAUUUUAGAGUUUGGGGUGUGAAUUUGUGGUGCCUGCCUUCAGCUGGAACAGACAGCCGGUCAGUUAGAAGAUUUUUGACCCAUUAAUGCUCUGUUUUGUUUUUUUUGUUUGUUUUUUUUUGUGUUUUUUUGGUUUUUUUUUUUUCUCGCAGGAGGUGAAAGCAGGCAAUAAACACUAAAUCAACAUGCUACUCAAUUACUUUACAUUGCUAAGGGGAAGUCCGAUACAUAAAAGCUUUCGUCGUCAUACACGGCUUCUAUAUUGAGUUGUUUCAUCAGCCACAUUGCCAAACGGGUGUUUUAUUUUUCAUCUUUGCAUCUCAACAUUUGGUCUUUUUUUUUUUUUUUUUUUUUUUUGUUAAGUGUAUUUUUAUAUUUUUAUUUUUUAACCCCAGUUAAACAUUUUCCAUCAGUUGGGACAUGAGGUGGGCAUAAUCUGAGCCUUCCUGCAAUUUAGAAGAAAUAUUUUGAGUUGUAAUUAUUUUAGUGGUGAAACAUUUACUUUCAACACAUGCCAAACCAUCCAAAAGCGCAUCCACAAUGUGUCACACCUCCCUGUGAUCGUAGUCUAGCUCCUGAGCCCCACAAUCUUUUGUUUAACUCUCUCAAGAAAAAAUAGGAUGUGAAAGCCAUGCCUGCCUGUUCAAAUUGCUUUAUACAUACGUCUUAUAUAUAUAUAUAAAUAUAUAUAUAAAUAUAUAAAAAUGUAGAUAUCUGUCAUUGCAUAUACAAAUACAGAAGAGAACAAAAAAUAGAUAAUUUUACAGGGUGCUGGAGAAGAGAAAAAAAUGAAAAAUCUAUUUUUGGCAAUUUUAGCUUUUGAUACUUUACUUGCAGUUACAAAAUCAGAAAAAAAAAAAUUUAAAAAAAUUUAAAACAGUAUAUGGGAUAAACAGAAAAACUGAGUGGGUGAGGAAAAAGUGCUGUUACCUUGGAUAUGAUUGGAAAGGAAGACGAAGACCAAAACAGUCAUUACCCUUGGAACGUUAGCGAGGAUCAGAGCGAGUCAGACGCCCAGAGAGUUUAAAAAGGAUCGAAUCAAAGUGCCUUAUCAACAGUGGUUUCUGUUUUCUGAGUAUUCCAGUUGUGUUCAAUAAUAUCCAGCACCCACCAAGUGGCGCAGAGAGGAAAGGCUAGUGUUACACGCUCUGAAUAGUUGAGCAGGGUAGCUCCCACCAUAUCGUGGUGUUACCGAAGUUAUUCUAUGCAAAAAGAAUAGCAGUCGUUUUGACCAGCUAAAAUAUGUGCCAUGGUUUUGUCUUCCUGAAAUGAUUUUAUUUUCUUCUUUUUCCUUUACUUGAUGGCCCUUUACUCUGCUGUAUGAGCAGGUUUUGUUCUCUUUUUAUUUUAGAUUUUAAUGAUCAUAUGAAAUAUUGUCUUGAUUUUUGGUGACUGUGACUACCUUCCGAGAACAAAUUGAACUGCCAAAUAGCAAUGUAGUAGUCUGCCAGAACAUGUUUUGAUCAUGAGCUGAGAAAAAUACAUAACAUUCAAGGGAAAGGAUGCGAAAGUUGGGGAUGUCCCUGUUGGCAUUACUCCUGUUUGUUUCAACAGCUGCAAACUGAAAGCAUCCAAACAAUGUCAGUGUCUCUCGAUGUCAAUUUAACACCAAACUGUCGAUACAAUCACGAGAUUUUCAGUGGACAAAAUGAAAUGCUGGUCAAUGAAAAACCCAAGUGUGUUUCACAGCCAAAUAGUUUUCAGUUAUUGAAACAACUGACAGUUUAUCACUGGAAGGUGAAAUAAACUCAUAAUAUUAAAUUGAGGAAUUGUUAGAUCCCAAUAUUACCCCUGGCAGUUUGUUUUUCUAUUCAUAGCUCUUUCAUCAUGCUGUUACACGGAAAGGUCAAUGAAUUUUUCUUUUUCAGUGUUAUUAUUUUAAAUUGAAAUGCAAUAUUAAAGUGGAGCAAGAGAUGGCUAUUCAGCAUUUGACAGUAUUAAGAAAAUUCCCUCUGCAAUGUUACAACUUGCUGUGUCAUUGUGAAAGGCUGGAUAAGUCCAUCAGGUGAAAGGUUAACUCUAUACCUACCGUAUUCUCUCUGGCCUGCCUACUACAUGUAUGAUAAUGUAAUUAACAGCCAUUGUUACAGGUUUAUAAUGUAUUUUUCUAAUCUCAUUUUAUAUGUAUAUUAAUCAUGUUUCUGAGUGCUUUUUUUCUUUUUUCUUUUCUUUUUUUUUUUUUUUUAUUAAACCCACUGCUACUUUUUCCCCUCCUAAAUGGCCCUCUCUUCCUCCCCCCUUCUCUUUUACAUCUUGAAAACUGUCUCUUGUGGGGAGUGUUGCCUUUUUCCUGUUAUAUUUUGUUUUGUUUUCUUGCCAAUUCCCAGCUUGUUUAACUCAUUAGCUACUUUAUUAGUUUUCUUGUCAUAAGUAUUUUUACAUGCUUGCAUUUAGUUUUCAUGGUGUAUGCUGUUAUUUUUCUUAUUAACCUCUUGGCAUUUAUUUUAAUAAAACAUUCUUAGUAAGAAUUUUACUAACUUGCUGAUAUUUUGUCUUGUGUUUUUAACCAGUUUCAUGAAUGUAUUACCUUGGUCUGGUUCACGGACUAACACAAUUAAAACUGGCCACCACUUACACUGACAACAAGCACACUACAUAAACACACACACUAGUCAUCUGUGCACAUACUGUAUGCUCUACAAACGAUCACUCCACACACACGCACAUCACACGCACACACAACCUAACUGGAAAGUGCACGAGUUGAUAAGCGUCCCUCACUCCCGCUCACGCACUCUCACCUCUGUGCUGGAGAAAUCUGCUCACACUUUUCAUACUUGCCCUCCCCGCUCAGUUCCAACACCGCUGCUGUGUCUCGUCGUCUCUGUUAGAGACAACUCUCUUGUUAGUUGUCCUGUCCUUCUGUGUCACUGACCUCAUGAGACGGCAGGAAAUGUCGCAGUGUCAUGGGGGGGGGGGGGGUGUAGUGUUAUAAGCUGCACGUUACUUGAGGUCGCUGGUUAACUUCUGGGUCAGCUGUCCCCUCUUGAACAAAGCUCACUCUGUUUAAAAGGCUGGUUUGUGUGAACACGAGGUUACCCUCAUAGAGUCGACAAAACCUAAUCCCUAAGAUGAAACUCCAUUUUCCACAGAUAUCCUCUUUCUCCAACCAUUAGUUGGUGCAGGACUAGUCAUAAUCUGUGCAAAAAUACUGCAUAUUAGUCAUCUCAAAAGGAUUAAUUUUACUGUGAAUAUGUAGAGCAGAACAUCUCAUCACCACACAUUAUAGAUGUAAUGAGUUAUUUACAACAGAUACCCAGGGCGAAUUUGUAGAUGACAGUAAGUGUGAUCGUCUAAAGCUGUCCCCAGUCUUUCUUCUUCUUUUUUUCAUUUGCUUCCAUGGCUUGUUAUGCCUGGAUAGCAGCAUUACAGUUAUCACCAGCUGUUGUCUGUUUGGUGAACACUUCUCCCCAUUCAGCUUAUUGAUAUAACAGCUAAUACUGGGCCAUUUGGGAGCAUCCAUAAUGCUUAGACACACACCAGUACCACCAUGCCAAUAUGAAGUACCUUGGGAUCAAAACAACCUUACUAUUCCUUCCAGUGUAAAAUGCUGAUAUGGCUUUCAGCUAGCUAGUAUUUAUUGUUUUUUCGGGGGGAGGUUUUUUUUUUUUUCCUGUCUGAAACACUGCCAGUGUGUGUUGUUCAUUCUACUACUGUGUCAGUGCACUCAUCCCUGGGUUCAUUCAGCUCUCUCCUUCCUCUCUAUUCAUCUUUCUUCCUCCUCCCACUAAUUCAAGGUAUUGACACUGACACACAAGCAAAAAGAUUAACUUCAUUAAUCCUGAUUAUUACUUUAACCCACUGAGUGAUGCCUCCAGAUUUUUUUUUUCCCUUCUCCUCCUUUUUAAAUCUGCACAACAAAAACAACUUGGCCUUAACUGUUGCGAUUCUCUUCAUGUCUCGGCAAACAAAGAGCAAGGAUUAAAAGUGUCUAACAUCAAACUUAACAUUUCUCUCCAGUCUGAAAUUAACAUUCUGUGUCUUUCAUCUGAAAACGGGUGUUUUCGCUUAUAACACCUGCUUGUACACCAGCAAGUAGAGACAGAGAUUGGAUAACUGGCAACCAGUCCAAAUUGCUUUUUUUCCCUCCUUUAUACAGUUGGUGUUGUCAGCCACAAGCUUUUUUUUUUAUUUAUUAAUGCAGGAUUGGCCUUUAAUGUGUUUGAUUGGCCCCUCUGUGCCAUAAUGAGCAACUUGAGCUAAAAUCCGUCCAUUAGUAGCCUUGCCUUUUAUAUGCCAGCAACGUUUUCAAUGGCUCGCCUCGAAAACCAAGCUGAUGAAAAAAGACAUUACGGGCGAGUCAUUUUCCAGAGCACAAUGUGUUACAAACACUGCCUAAAAUAUUGCAUCUGUGAGUUAAAAAGUGCCUUUUUUCCUGAGAUUGGAAAAUUAUAUAUUUUUGUACUUUAUCAUUCAAGUGCCAAUUUUCUGUCUCCCUUUAUCUCACCAGAGGCUUUUUUGUUCAGCACAAAAAAACUAAAUGCCCACGCUUUCUUGUUUUUUUUUUUUUCCAGCACAAUGUACAUACACUUUGAAACAUAAAUUUGGAAAGGAUGACCAAAGUGGAGAAUUUGGUCACAGAGGUGUUUCCCCCCAUUAAACCUUGGCUUAAUGGGUCCUGUUUUUGAUUUGAUCCACUGAGAACUUUUUUGUUGUUGUUGUUUUCUGAUUGGACCACAAUAUGCAGUAAAUGGCUGUUUGCAUUCUGCUGCCACCUUUGGCCAAGUUCUCAGUGCAUUUCCAAAUCUGUCACAGGGCAUUCAGUGUAUUUAUCUACUAACUACCUUUUCACCUGUCAAUCUUUUAUUUUUCUUCUGUUCUGUUUAACAAACAUUCCUCCAACGAGUUAAACAGCAGGCGAACCAAUCAGUAUUGGUCUCAGCGAUGUAGCACUCAGGUGGUUAAAGGGCAAAUGCUACCAAAAUACAGAAUGAGAAAAAUUUAGCCCCACUGGAUUUUUGUGUUUGGUUUUUUUUUUUCCUCCUUUUUUUUGGACUGUGAUGAAUAUGCAAUAGAAAGUAUAAACCUUUUUUUUCUAAAAUUACUACUAGUAUGAUAUAUACUGUAAGUUCCUCAUCCAUAUAGUGGUGCACUAAAAUCUGUGAGAUUUUUUUCGUGGAGUUGUAUGUUUUUAUGUGAAGUAGCUUUUAUUUUGUUUUGUGUUUCCUUGUUUUUAUAGAGGAUUAGACUGAGAAUUUUGAAUAGGGUGUAAAACAUGUAAUGCCAGUUUUUGUUGCUCACAC